AUGAUGUCUGAUGCUAAGCCAUUCAAGGAAUUCAUGCGUCAAAUCAUGGACUCCCCCAAUGAGAACCAACAAAAGAUUCUAUCAAAAGAAGCUAUCGAUAAAGUCAAAUUAAACACCAGAAGACUCAUUCGUCGUCAAAGGAAAAGGCUUAGCAGAUUGCAAAUGCUGUUUGGAUGGAAUAUUCAUUAUGUUGACGUCACUGGGUGCUUAUUAGUGCUUCGGACUAUUUAUGGGUUAUGGAUGUGGUUGAACCGUCACUAUAAAUUAUCGAAUCUUUCCUUGAGAAAGAAAAGAAUCAAAAUGCACAGCUUGAAGAAAAUCUAUAUCCUUCAAUUUCUUCUCCUCUUACUGAGCAUUUCCUUUUCAAAAUCAAUAUCCCAAGAGACCCCAGAGAGGUAUGGUGAUAGUAUAAGAAGUUUACUAACCCCAUGCUCAGUUCUAAAUUCCACAACUUGUUUUGAUAAUAUUCCGGAUCAUGUGCCAAAUCCUUGCAACGAGUGUAAUAAGCCUGAUGGACAUUGUGGAGCUGGGUUAAGAUGCAUUUGCCACCCAAAAGAGUGCAAGGAUACGGUGAUUUCAGUUGAUGCAGUUCUGAAGCCUUGCUGGAACAUAGUUUUCUUUCUACUAUUUUUCCUCAUCCUGAAGAACUAUUUCCAGGCCUUCUGA